AUGGCCAGGGCCCGUGCCCUCUGCGGCCUGCUGCUCGCCGCGAGCGCGGUCUCCCGUCCGGCGCAGCCGAUGCUCACCUACGUGACGCUGUGGAAGGACCAGAUGAAGCCUUGGGGGCUCGACCCUGACGCGAAUCCCGACGCGCUCAGCGCGUGGCUCGUAUCAGCUGGAUCCAAAGUCAGAUACUCAACGAAAAUAAAGGCCCGUGGCGCGGGCGUGAGUCACGUGAUGAUCUCGGCGAGCUGGGCGGACGUCGAACCGAAGGAGGGCGCGUUCGACCUCGCGCCGCUGCGGCGGCUGAUCGGCAAGAUCGGCCAGAAGGGUCUGCUGUCGAUGGUGGUGCUCGACGCGUUUCGCUCGAGCCAGUCGGGGGGCGCAGGAGACGCGCGCGUGGCCUCUUUCCCGCGCUGGAUCGCCAAUCAGCAGCCCGAGGCGCUUGUCGUCGUGCCGUUCGCGAGGCGGAAGGUGGUGUUUGCGCACGUGAUAUUGGGAAGGCCCGGAGGGACGACCACGUGCAUGGGCUGGGCGGGCUCGCUGCCUUAA